GCAGAUAGGGGAGAAACUAAAGGCAGAGCACAAAGCAUUACGAACCAACCCAAAACCAGGAACAGUUUUCUCCUCUAUUCUAGCAUGGUGGAUGUAUGGACAGUCUUACAGAGCAGAGGUUGACUUCUCCAAAUCUGCCAGCCCCACACCUCGAACACUACAGUGUUCUGCAUUGCACCAUGACCUUGGAUGUUCAAACGGUGGUCGUUUUUGCAGUGAUUGUGGUGCUAUUGCUUGUGAAUGUCAUACUCAUGUUCUUCCUGGGCACUCGUUAAAUGGAUUUUUUCUCCUGAGCUGUUGGGGGCUACUACUACCACUAGCAAUUCAACAAGAGAGCACGAGCGGGAGAGAGAGAGAGAGAAAGGCGAGAGAGAGAGAGAAAGAGAGAGAGAGAAUUUCUUACUGAGGGGGGAAACGCGUUGAGCUUCAACAUGGCCUCGCUGUGAUAUGUAUGACGUUGGUAUUAUUAUCUCUCCCUAAAUCUUUUGUCAUGUCUUGUCGUUUAAGUAUGCCUGUAAGUUGUAGCUGCUUUUGCCGGGGUUUUAAAUGUGAUAAAUAAUAACGGCGAUCCAGUUGUGUGCUAGCGAGAUAGAGCUGUGCUUCUUUAGGCAGCAGCAGAGUGAAAAUGAUCUGGCUGUGGUGAGCACUGGCUGUGUUGUUUUGCUUUCCUUUGAAAUAGAGGCUCAAGUUAAUAAUAAGUCAUUUUGUGUGUGAUUUCUAGCAAGCAGUUAAUGUGCAAUGUCUGUGAGAGUAACCAUGUAGGUGCCAGGUGAGAGGUGCUGGUGUGUGCAAUGGAAUCGAGCUGUGGGCAUUUUUAAGGGGGAGGGGGGUGUUUGAGAAAUCCUAUUAAAGGAUUAAAUCUUUGCUAAAAUAACAUUCAGCCACAAAGGAAAAAAAAAAAAAAAGAGAGAAAAAUUCUACUUAGUUUAUUUAUCUGUGUUGCCUUGAUGAUUUGAUUUGAUUUCUGAAGAUUCAACCCCAAAGCCUCCAAAUUCUAUGUCCACACUGAUGUAACCCAGCUCCUUUUUUCAGAGAUGUGAGAGGGACUGAAACAUAACCUGCUGGCUUUUUUUAUUCUGGUCGUACGUGGUUUCUGUCUCUGCAAAUUGGGAAGGAAAGAUCAAAAGGGAGAAAGGGCAAUGCAAGCUUUGUUUUUCUUUGCUAAAGCAACAGAUACGGAGGGGUUGGGUUUUGCUAUGAUUUUCUAGAAAUCUGAUUUUGCCUUUCUUUUCUUUCUUUCAUGUGUGUGUAUGUAUCAAAUUUUGGGGAAUGUAUCUAAGAAAAAUCUUUGCCCACCUCGAGGAUAACGAGCUUUUGAGAUGGGUUGCUCCGUGUGACUUUAUUUACAUUGAUUUUCUGGAAAAUGAAGUGCUAAG